UGACGAUGAGGCUGCUGCUCACAAGCAAGUGCACAAGAACACGAAAAUUGAAGACAAGCUACAACUGUUCACGAGCGAUUUGGAACUGAAGAAGCGUGUGCAUGACCAACGGAAACGGCAUCAACAUGAAGAUGAAGCUCAUUCUCAUCAUGAUCGCGGAAAAGAACGCAAACUGGAUGAGUUUUUCAAAAACAUGAGUCCUGCAAUUCCGCGUGCAGCCAGAGAAGUACACGAGUGCGAGAUCGGGCUACAACGUGCUCUUCGCCAUUUCGAGGACGAUAGGUGGACCUUGCAUCAUGCUAGCGGUCACAGCCUCGAUCAAGAUGCAAAUGCUGAUGUGACAAGCGAAGGAGGAGGGCAGCGCCAGCAUUUGAAUCGCGAUCAUCAUCAUCAACAUCACCAGCUACGACACGAGGAGUCCUCAGACGAGGACUCGUCAUCGCGAACACUUGUAGAGGAAAGCACGUCAAGGUACUACUAUCCCUUCUUAGCCGAUCAACGGUUUGCCGACGAUGAUGACUAUCGAGGUGCUCUGGAUUUGCAGCGCGCGACACUGGAAAAAGCCCGUGCAAUCAACAAAGAGCUUGUGAAGCAUGUUCAGUUUCGACUUUCCGGAAAAGAUCAUCAAGACGCAGGAGGCAACUUCGGGGAUUCGCAACACAAC